AUCGAAAAAGGGCGAAGCAAACAAAGCCAAUCUUCCUGCCCAAGUCGAGGGAAGGUUCCUUUAGGCAUUAGAUCAACAUAAUGGGACGCCUCCUGCAGGUAAAGGUUAUCGAAAAAUCAAACACAAGCUUUGCGAGCUCCUGUUUUUCCUGAACCCACUUCCCAUUCUCAUUUUUCAAGCAUUCUAUCUUGUUUAGGCAGCGCCGAAUGUUGGUGAUUUUAUGAAAAUAUGCCGUGUUUCUCCCGCCAUACAUAUGUUACUACCAACACAGACAAAGUCAUGGCCAUUAUAAUGAAAUUAGGAACAAAUUCACAAAAAGAAUAUAUAUGGAUCAUUCCUUGGAGCUCUAAUUUUUCAUUUGAGCUUGCAACAACAUGACUCUUAGUAGACGGCGUGAUUGCACCAAUUAUGUUUAACAUAAAAAAAAUAUGGAUCAUUCCUGGGAUACUAUAACUAGGGAUGAAAAUUAUGACUUGACACGUUUUAUGUGAUCAGUUUUGGGAUGAGUAAUACAUGUUCUAUAGGUGAGGCGGGUGUACAUGGAUACUCUCCUCGACCAACAGUUAACCUGUCAUGACCCAUCUCAUUUUCGACCCAUUUUUAUCUAAGUUACAUGUAAGUUUACUCAAAUUACUUGGUAUUUUAUAUUAAUUACCUAAAAUUUAACUAUAAUGAAGUUGUCAAAUAUGUGAGAAUUUACAUUUUUUGAAUAAUUUAAUUAUAUUUAACAUAUUACACUUUUUACUUAAUUUUUUAAUGAAAAAAUUAAUAUUUCUAAUAUUAUUUUUUUUAAAAUUACAUUACAUAUUCAUAUGAGUCGACUUGCUGUAAUCCUUUCCGGUAAUAAAUUACCCUACUACAUAUACUCAACUUGCCACGAAGAAUAUAACGUUGCUACCUGUGCAUGGCCAUUCCUAACUAUGAUAGUAAAGAGUUAAAGGGUGAAUUAAUCCAAAAUUGCGAUUUGCGUGAAUUCCAAAUCGGAGGGUUAAGCAAAGAAAGAAAGGAAAAGAAGAUGAAACCCAAAUCUAAAGCAGCGGUUGUGGCGCUGAAGGAAAAUCCCGCCUUUCGUUAUUUUUAUUUUUUUUCUUUUUCUUCUCCUCUCCCUUUCCGCUCAAUCUCUCUCUCUCUCUCUCGAUCUCCCCCUCCUCUCCCUUUCGUUCCUUUCCGCGCAAAGGCACGUUCAUCGUUCAUGGAAGCUCUCAAACAAACAAACCAGGAAACCUGGAAAGAGAUUCAAAUGUAGCCAGCAGCGAUAGCAGCAGCACCAGAAGAAGAAAUCAACACAAGAAUGUGUCUCCUUCUCCGCCGUUCUCAUCGAUCUCCUUCUUCUGUUUCAGGUUCCGGUCGCUCGCUUUCUCUCUCUGUUGUCAUUUUAAUGAGAUCUUAUGAUUCUUUAUACCUUUCGAGUCCCGACAUUGUUUCAAUGGUGUAAAAAUGCCUGUGAGCUUCCGGUAGAUCCAAUGCCGCUUUGUUUUUUUUUUUUUUAGAAUUCCGCAUAGGCCAGCUGAUCUUUAGAAACCUCAGAUGGUUUGUUUUGGAUCUUUUGGGAGACUUGGAAUUGGCUUUGCUGCUAAUUCUUGUUGGCAUUUGCUUCAAUUCAUUGCUACUUUCUGUGUAGCUAGAUAACGAGAGAUUUCAAUUCAGCUUCUAAUUAUGCAUUCAAGUCUCUGUGUUGCUUCAUUUCUCCCCGUGGUCACCUGAUUCAGGUUAUUCCUCCUUAGAUAACCGAUAGCUAUAAAUAUUUGGAGGAUUCUACACGAAUGCAGAAUUGUAUUGCAAUUCCCUCCUUUUCAUUUCCCUCACACUUUUCAGUUAGUGAUGUUCUCCAUUAUGUCUGUCCUUAGGUGGGUUAUGAUCAACUAGAGGUGCCACGAUGUUUGAAGAAGGAACCGCGUUUGUUUGGAGGCUGAUGACCAGCUCCGAGUCAUAUGGCCCGUUUCUUUUCCGGUGGUUCUUAACUGCAGCAUUGGGUGUUCUGGCACUUGCGUAUGCGAUCCUUAUAUGGCAGAGAAGGACAUCACUGAAUUGGGUUAAAGCAGCUGCUAGAGCAAAGAAAGAAGCUUGGAAGAAACUGAAUGUUCCUCGAUCAUCUCAUUCAUGGAUGGAAGAUUUAGCACAGAUUAGGCUGCCUUCCACUUGCUGUGUUUGCCUCACUUCCUUAGUGUCACCAACUAACGCAUCAAAAUCUUCACCCCACAGUACCUCUUCGGUCCAUCGUUGCUCUGUCUGCGGUGUUGCUGCUCAUUUCUACUGUUCGGAGUUUGCUGCAAAGGACUGCAAGUGCGUCGCCCAAGCUGGAUUCAUUCAAGUCCAGCACCAAUGGUCGGAGAGAUGGUCUAAAAUGGAGGAAAUAUCAGAGAUGUCUGCCUUUUGUUGUUACUGUGAUGAUCCUUGUGGCGUUCCUUUCGUUACUGACUCGCCCACGUGGCACUGCCUAUGGUGUCAGCGGCUUAUACAUGUCAAAUGCCAUUCUAAGUUGUCAAAAGAAUCUGGAGAUGUUUGCGAUUUGGGUCCCCUUAGUCGAAUUAUUCUCUCUCCACUCUGUGUGAAGGACCUAGAUGAUAAAGGCUCUUCAAGUUCUACCCCUGAGGAAAUCCCAGUUUCUACAUUUCGUGGACAGCUGAGAAGGAGACGCACCCGUGGUAAAAAUGGAAACAAUCACUCUACCAAUGGUAAGUUGCAAGAUGCACCAUCAGCUACAACUAAGGCCCUGGAUUAUUUGCUAAAUGGGCUUGUUAAUCUGAAGAAAUCCGGAAGUGUCAAAACCAGCAACAAUCGCUCCAAGAGGGAUGGCAGAUCUAAUGGUCCAGUCAAUGGAUUGACUCACAAGAAAGAUGGAACUACCUUCAACAGUCAACUUAAAAGAUAUGCUUUGGUCAAUCUAUCUCAGGAUGCAAGACCCCUUCUUGUUUUUAUUAAUUUCAAGAGUGGAGGACAACUCGGUUCUUCUCUCCGAAGUAGGCUGAACUUGCUGUUAAAUCCGGCUCAGGUGUUUGAACUAAGUUCUUCUCAAGGGCCUGAGGCUGGUUUGCAGCUGUUCAGCGAUGUGCAGUAUUUCAGGAUUCUGGUUUGUGGUGGAGAUGGCACAGUUGCAUGGGUCCUCGAUGCAAUCGAGAGGCAUAAUUUCGAAUCCCCUCCCCCUGUUGCUGUGCUUCCUCUUGGCACGGGGAAUGAUUUGUCAAGGGUAUUGCAGUGGGGGAGAAGUUUCAAAAUGGCAAAGCGACAAGGUGGCUUGUGUGCUAUCUUGCACGAGGUCGACCAUGCUGCAGUUACAAUGCUAGAUAGAUGGAAAGUAAAUAUUAUAGAGGAGAACCUAGAAGGGCACACGAAGAACGAACAAUCGAAGUUCAUGAUUAACUAUUUAGGGAUUGGGUGCGAUGCUAAACUAGCGUAUGAAUUUCAUGUAACUCGGCAGGAAAAGCCUGAAAAAUUUAGCAGUCAGUUUGUGAAUAAAUUACGAUAUGCUAAAGAAGGUGCGAGGGACAUAAUGGACAGAGCUUGUGCAGAUUUGCCAUGGCAAGUGUGGCUUGAAGUUGAUGGAAAGGACGUUCAGAUCCCUAAGGAUACUGAGGGUUUAAUUGUCCUGAACAUUGGCAGCUACAUGGGUGGAGUGGAUCUGUGGCAAAAUGAUUAUGAGCAUGAUGAUGAUUUUACCCUUCAGUCCAUGCAAGAUAAAAUGCUUGAGAUUGUAUGCGUUCGAGGAGCCUGGCACCUUGGGAAAAUCCAGGUUGGACUAUCGCAAGCAAGGAGGCUAGCACAAGGGAAUGUUAUCAGAAUACACGCUUCGAGUUCAUUCCCAGUCCAGAUAGACGGGGAGCCAUUCAUCCAUCAACCGGGUUGCCUAGAAAUCAAACACGACAGCCAGGUUUUCAUGUUGAGGAGAACACUGGAGGAGCCAAGAGGGCACGCAGUUGCGAUAAUGACAGAAGUAUUGGCGGACGCAGAGUGCAAAGGAAUCAUCAACACAUCGCAACGGAAGAUCCUGCUGCAGCAAUUGGCUCUCAAUCUCUCCUGAGUUCCAGAUCCAGACGACGAGUCCUCAUUCGACUCGGAUUAACAAAGCUUGUCACCACGGCUUUUUUUUUGCUUCAUUAACAUUGCCUUAGCUUCUCACGAUACUUGUUUCUAAUCUUUUUGUUUGGUAUAUAGGAGUCGGUCACACUCACACGAGCACAUUAUUGAUUCCUAGAGUAAAUCUUUUUGCUCCCUAGCCAGGCCCAACUGUCAGAUGAUAAGGAAACUGGCAGUUUGAAGGGAAAGAAAGGCCUUGUAACAGAACAGAGAAGAAAAGCAAUAGUGUACC